AUGCUUGUCGCAUUGCGCAAGGCAGUCCGUGGGCUCGUGCCGGGGCCGGCCGACGAGCCCAGCGACGGGCACCGCCAAAAGAUCCUUGCGACGCUCAAGCACUAUGAGAAUGUGCUUGCAUCAGCUGUGUCGCCUGCCGAGGCCAAGGCCGCACAGGACCGCCUCCUUGCCACGUGGCGCCGCCUCGCGCUCGCGCCCGGCGGGUUUCUCACGCGGGAGCUGCGCAAGCGCAUUUGGCCGAUCCUCUUGGGCUUUACGCCCGAGUCGCUCGAAGCGUUCUUUGUCGACCACCGCCUCAAGCCGCAGACGCCGGGGUACCGUCACCGAGCCCACCCGGACGACGACCAAGUGCAGCGCGACGUUGAUCGGUCGCUCAACCCCGACAUGUGGCACGACGCGCCGACGCUGCACAACCGGCGGAAGCGGCGCAAGUCGCUCUACUCGCUCGUCCACGCUGUGCUCUGCAGCGCGGAAGCGGACAACGUCGAGCUGCACUACUACCAAGGCUUCCACGACGUCGCUGCGGUCUUUCUAUUGACGACUGGCGUACAUGCGGCGACGCCGCUGCUUGUGCGUGCCAGCGCCACGUACUUUCAAGAGCCGAUGCGCACCAACUUUGACUCGGUGCUCGCUAUCUUCAACGUGCUCUACCCGCUGCUGCAGACGCAGGACACGGAGCUCUACGCGCAUAUCAUGGCGUCCGGCGUGGACCCGUACUUUGCGCUGCCGUGGAUGAUUACGUGGUUCGCCCACCAUAUCAAGGCGUUUGACGACGUGUGUCGCCUCUACGACAUUCUGCUCUGCUCGCACCCGCUCUUCUCCCUGUACCUCUCGGCCGCGCUUGUCUUGCAUCACCGCACGCGCCUCCUUGCAUGUCCUUGUGACUAUGCCGAGAUGCACUCGGUGCUCUCCAAGCUCGUCCACAGCAUGCCGAUUGAAGGCAUGCUUGUACCCAAGGCCAAUGGGCUGCUGCAGCUCGUGCCACCGGCCCAACUCCUCGAGAUGAGUCGCCUCGCAAAUGGCGACCCCAUUCCGCAAAGCUGCUUUACCACGUACCCGUUCCCGCACCAAUCGACCGCCCAAGAAACGGUGCCUGCGUCGACGUCGUGGCUCGAGGCAUUGGCACCUCGCCACGUGCAGCUCGUCCUCGCGUCCAUGGCGCUUGCCGUGCUCGCGUCCGUGCUUGCCAUGCCCAUCUUGGACCAGCUACAAUGA